GGCGGGGUGAGCGGCAGAUGAGGGCCGGGUGCGGGAGGGCGGUAGGGUCGCAGUCUCGGCCCUGGGGAAGGGGCCGUCCCCGUGGGGGAGGGCGGUGGUGGCACCGCCUCGGCCAACAGGGCGUUAGGGAGCAGAGCAGGCAUGGAAGCACAGGCCGAACCAGGUCCAUGCAGGGUGUAGCCUUGUCUGGGUGAUGGAGAGCUAGGUGGUGUGGGGGAUGAGAAAGCAGUAUCUGUGCAGGGAGCGUUGCUGGAGUAGGAGCUGCAAAGUGGAACAAGUCUGGGCCAGCAUGUGUGUUAAAGAACCAGAGUAUAACUGACAGAGGCAGAGCUGGAAGAGAAGGAGCAGCACUCCCCUGGUGCCAAACCUGGCAGGGGGGAAUGGGAAAUUAUCUACCCGCCUGUACACCCCCUUUAGUGCAAGGGAUGCUUCCCACUGUAGAAUUGAUUCAGAGAAGGAACUGGGAUAAAGGGCCUACGUAAGAGGAAGCAAUGAAUCCUUGUUGAAGCAUCAGACAGCAGGAGCUGUUGGCCAGAUGCUGCUGGGUGCUGACAGGGGAGAGCUGAUUCGGAGACAAGUGGCCAGAAAUGUUUGGACACAUCGUCACUUUGGAUCUGGCAUCUUGAGUGAGUGUUCCUGCUUCAUGAGGCUUCGAAUUUGAGCCCAGGCUGGUAACCCGCUUUUGGAACCACGCAGGUGGGAGGAUGUCGAGCACAGCUCCAUCAAAGAAGCCUUACCGCAAGGCACCCCCGCAGCAUCGUGAGAUCCGCCAUGAGGUACCCAUCAUUCGUGAUGACCAGGAUGGAGUGAUCUUGGCCGAGCAGAGUCAGGAACCCUUGACGGAUACAGAAAGGAUGAAGCUACUGCAGCAUGAGAAUGAGGAACUGCGCCGAAGGCUGACAUAUGUGACUAACAAAAUGGAGGCGAUGGAGAGGGAGCUGGAGUCAGGUCAGGACUACCUGGAGAUGGAGCUGGGCCAGAACCGUGAGGAGCUGGAAAAAUUCAAGGACAAAUUCCGUAGGUUGCAGAACAGCUACACUGCUUCCCAGAGAACCAACCAAGACCUGGAGGAGAAGCUGCAUGCCCUGAUUAAAAAGGCAGAGAUGGACCGCAAGACGCUGGACUGGGAGAUUGUAGAGCUCACUAAUAAAUUGCUUGAUGCCAAAACCACCAUCAAUAAGCUGGAGGAACUCAAUGAACGCUAUCGACAGGACUGUAACCUUGCAGUACAGCUGCUCAAGUGUAACAAGUCGCACUUCAGGAACCACAAGUUUGCUGAUCUUCCCUGUGAGCUGCAGGACAUGGUCAAUAAGCAUUUGCACAGCACUCAGGAGUCUGCAGGCCCUGGUCAAGAGGCAACCCACACCUUGGCUCCAUCUGAUGUUGUGCCUACCUCAGUCAUUGCCAGAGUCUUGGAGAAACCAGAAUCUCUGGUUCUGAAUUCAGCCAAGUCUAGCAGUGGCAGCUGUCCCAUGGCUGAGGAUGUCUUUGUGCAUGUGGACAUGAGUGGAGCCCCUCCUGAUGCCUGCAACAGCACAGGGCAGAUGGGAAAGGAGGGAGGAGAUGCGGGGAAACAGCAGAAUGGUGGCUGCAAGCCACAGAGCAGCGUGGAAAGCGUCCCAGAGGAGGUGCCUGCCUUUGAGAAGUUAAGUCCAUACCCUACACCCUCACCUCCCCAUCCUAUGUACCCUGGGCGCAAAGUGAUUGAGUUCUCUGAAGACAAGGUAAGGAUCCCAAAGAACAGCCCCCUGCCCAACUGUACUUAUGCUACGCGCCAGGCUAUCUCCCUCAGCCUGGUGCAGAGCGAAGAUGAGAGCUGCGACAGGCACCGGACGCUCCCCAACAGCCCUGCUUCAGAAGGGUGCCGUUCGGCCUCCAGCUGUUCCUGUCAGCAGUCCCCCAAAGCAGCCAGGGCUCACGGCUCUUCCCAGAGCAGCCCAUUCAGCAGCCCUCCCCAAAUUCCGAGCGCCUUCGCCAGCUCUGCCAGCUCCGAGGAGGACCUGCUGGCCAACUGGCAGCGUAUGUUUGUGGACAAGGCACCCCCUACCUCAGAGCGGGUGCUGAUGAACCGCACAGCUUUCAGCCGUGACACAGCCCCUGAGCUCCAGAAGAGGUUCAGCCGUUCCAUGCAGGAGCUGGGUAGGGCAGCCUCAGCUUACUCGGAUGGUGAGGAGUCCGCGCAGAGCUGCAGCUGGACCGUGAGCCGGGACUCGAGUGUGGACACAGAUAGCACUGAGUCCAGAGCCCGCAGGAGCCAUUUCUCUUCAGACUAUGGUACAGAUUUCUCCCAGGAUGAAGCCCAGAAGCUGUUGCAGGAAAGUGGUGGAGGCACUGCUGAACCUGGAAGCCCCUCACCAGAGAAGCACAAGGACUAUGUGGACCUUGGCUUGCCUGAGAGCCCAGCUGAGGAGAGAGAAGUAUUGCUCCAGGGAAGCAAGGAGAGCAACCAAGGAGGUGCCCCAGAGGAAAGUGGAGAAGGCAGGGUCAAGCCUCCCUUCAGUCGGCCACACCGCAGCCCCAAGAGGAUGGGUGUCCACCACUUACAUCGCAAGGACAGCCUGACACAAGCCCAGGAGCAGGGCAACCUUCUCAGCUGAGGCAGGGCAAGAAGCAGCCACAUGCUGCAGAGCUGUGGAAUGCCUCCAUCUGUCUGCCUUCUGAGGGAGAAACCUCCCUUAGUACCCUCCUCCCAGGGGGCCUCUACUCUGAAAUUUUAUAUUUAUUCUCUUCUGCUACCUGGAAGAGCUGGGGUCCCCCUUCCCUGGCACCUCAGAUCCACAGUACUAGCACACACAGUGUGCAGAAGCACACACAAACACACUGCCCCAGCACACUCGCAGCUCUCUUCACAGCCUCACACUGGUGCCUGUACCAGAGCUCGUUCUUGGUACCCCUUGUCCUGGUGCCUGUGCCUCUUUAUGCUUGCAUCGUCUUUCCCCCUUCCCUCUCAGGUACCUGAGGCCCUGGGUGCUCUCAUGCUGGUUGCCCACAGCUGCUCUGCUCUCUUUUUACUUGUGCCAACAGGGCAGAAUGCCUGUGUGAUGGUGUCUGAUUCCCUGGGAGUCCCCAGGGGCUGUGAGUGGGGCAGUGGAUGGCUAUGUGCCCCUGGGGAUGUGCUGGGAUUACUGGUGUCUCAUUUUCCUGCUGGGUUUUGUUUUCCCCAGCGGCCCUCCGGGUGGUUCUCCGGAAUCUGCCUCUGCAGGUCCCCAUCACUAGGCUCCUGUGUUGGGCUCAGCAUCCAGCCCCCACGGAGGCAACGCAUGGAUGCUGGUGCUGUGGUGUGGGGCAUGGGUGCUGUCUGCCGAGAUGGUUCGGGCAGGCACUGCCUGCUAGGCACUGGGGUUUGUGUUUGAGUCUCUGCUCCCUCAACACCUCUUCCCCCGCUCUCUGCGCUGUUGUUUUGUUUGAACGGUGCUGAUGCUUUGCUCUUGGGUGGGCUUCUUGCUUCUUUCCAAGCCUUUGGUUUUGGGGUGUAUUGUUUUUUCUUUCUCCCCACCCUGCAUAAACAGACACAGCCGUUGGCAGCCAGUCCAAUGCCUGUGUUGAGGGUGUGUUGAGGAGGCUCAGCUCUCAGAGCUGCGCUUCCCUCUGAUCCUGGCCUCCAGCCUGCAGAAACCCCUCCAGACGCAAGAACAAGGUCUCGCCCUGGGCAAGUAAGGCAUGAAAGAUGCUACUGGGCUUUUCUGGGCAGGCCUGGCAGGGUUGCGAGGGCAGCAUGCUGAGGAGCUGCUCCCUGUAGACGCACUACCUCACGGCUCAGUAGCAGCCCUUUGCCAGGGUCUCCUCACAGGCCCCCCUUCUCCGGGGGGCUCCAGGCUGGCUCUGGCGCCUCUCCGGGGCCUCCCCUUCUGGGUGGGGCCUCUCUGCCUGUUUUUCCUAGCGUAGCGUGAUAUUAUGUGACUUUUCUUCUCAGUCUUGUGUGCUUGGUGUCUUGGGGGGGGGAGGGCAGAGGUCUGUAGAUGUAGGUAUUUUUUUGAGGGCUUACGGAGCCCAGGGGUCCCAUUUUAAUUUUGUCCUGUGCCCUUGUCUGUCUGGUGUUUCUUGGCUCCUCCUGGGGUGCGAGGCAGAGAAUAGCCUGGUUCCCUGUGCUGUGCCCCCCCCCCAAUCCCCGCUGGCUGUCUUCAGCCUGCUGUCUGGUUUUUGAGUUGGGUUUGUGUUGUCCUCCCACCCUGCUCAAUGAGGGCUCUUCACUGGGCCGUAGGAGAGCAGCCCUCUGUCCAGGAGGGAGCUCCCGUUCACAUGCUUACAGCAAGAUGUGCAGCCAAGAGCUGCCUGGGGGCCCUGCUCCCCUCCCCGAAACCCUGUCUCUGCAAAAGGCCUGCAGCUUGCAGCUGGGGCCAGCCAGGGCUUCAGCUCGAGCCUGGAGGCUCCAGAGCCUCUGAAAGUGAGCUGCAGGCCUCUCUGGCGGCUGUGUAGGUUGCUUUAUGUAUCCUGCCUAGAGCUGCUGCCUACACACUAGCCUUGUUUCCCACCUGGAACAGUUGUGGAGCUGGAUGCCACCCUCUGGUGGGGAGGUGGGACUCAGUAUUUCACUACAAUAUUUUGCUUGAUCCCUGUGCAAACAGGCUGGUGCUGAGAGCAGGAGCCUCCUCUGAGCCCACAGGGUGUUCAUCUCCCCUGUCCUGAAUGUGGUGGUGGGGUCCUUGCGUUUGCUCUCAUCAGCCACUGCACUGCUGCAUUUCUUCUGUUCUUCUGCAGUGUUGCUGAGGGCUUGCACCUGCAGUGGCUGCCAGCUCCUGUCUCAUGAUCAUCACCUGGGGCUGGAUGCUCACUGAGUGAGCCCCUCGCUCUGAGACUGCUGGUGGCCUGCCUGUGGGAGAGCACAGCCACUUGGGCAGUAAGGGAGACAUUGCCCCUCAGGGCUCAGCCCCAUCUCCCCUGAAUCCUAGCAUGCUGAUCAGGGGACAAAACCCACUCUUGCUGAAGCAGCUGGUGCUGAUGGUGCUGGGCAGAGCCAGCCUCCCUCUGCCUUUGGUCAAGGUAGACUUAAAAGCAAAACAAUGGAGAAAUGGAGGGGUGGCAAAAGGGUGCCCAAUGCCUCACCAGACACUUCUGCUUCACAGCAUUAGGCUGCUGGCAGAGGUUGAGGGGGAGCAGUGGCCUCAAGAGGAGCAGAGCCCUCUCCCAGUGGGCACAGUGCCUGCCCUCUGCACUCCUGCUCACCUCCAGCAGUAUUAGCUCUGGGGUCUUGAGCUGACCCACUUUCAGUGUCCCAACUCCAGACUGUUAAUCUGUAACUAAUGUGGGUUUUUUCUGAAAUUUUCAAACUGAUGUAUAUUUUAAGACCAGAAAUAAACUAUUUUAAAAGUAGGUGGCAAUGACUAUAGUGUUCUCUCUGUUGGUUAAGGCCUGGACUGGACUGAUCCUGAGCAUGUGAGGGAGGGAGCAGAGCCUGUUGUGGUGCAAUGUCCCAAGUUUGCUGAAUUGCAUGUGCCACCCAUUAACUCUCCUGGGGAGAGCAAUCCUGUGACUUGUAGGCUUUCCAGAAAGCUGUGAAUUCAGUGGUCAUCCUGAGUGCCCACUUUCGCAGCAGCCUGGUUCAAGGUGCUUGUGCAAAUUAAGUCAUCUGUGUUGGAGAAGAGGUGCAGUCCCAAGCAAGGAGUGAUGUGUGGGAUGAGCAGUGUUUUACUUCUGUACUUGUAUCCAAGCGCUGGAAACUGCUGUCUGGGUCUGAAUGUAGACUGUCAGCUCAAAGAUCAGACUGAGCCUGUAGACCAGAAUCCAUUGUUCACAGCAGCACUCGUGUCACUUUUGACUCGGAAGCUGACAGUGGCUUAAAAAAGGGGCAGAUUAUUUAACCAGGUAACUUUGAGAAACAUUAAAAAACGUCGGCAAUUUUCACAUUACUUAAAGGCUAGGCUUGUCAAAACCUCUGCAAUGAAGCUUGUUGUGCUGUAAGCAGCCUCAGUGUUACUCAUAAAAUUCUACCUACCACAUUUCAAGUUAUUUUGCUUCCUGUCCUUCUGUCUGAUCUGUGUCUUGGCAAAGACUUCCACAUGCUGAUGUAGAGUAGGAUGAGGUGUAGCUCAUUCUUUUAAUAUUUGUUGGUUUUCUUGAAGCCCCAGCUCUCAGUCAUGUGACAGUAUCAGUUCUCCAUUUCAGAAACUGAGUUACAUGGGAAUGUGUAACAUACCCCCUCCCUGGAGUUCAUAAGAGUUUUAGAAUUCUAGUGUCAGUAU